AUGACGUCAAAAACUAAACACCGACGUGAGUCGUCGGAUGAUCGGAUGGAUAAUGAGUUACGGAACCCCCCUCCAGAGGUAUUUUUUGUUUUUUUUUCAGAUUAAAGGGACAAUGAAUGUUUUUUCAGAUUCUUGAUAGCAAUGAAGAAAAAGCAGAGAAAAUCAAUAAACUGGUACAAUUUUUCAAAGAACGGAAGAAAAUUGUUGUCAUCACAGGAGCUGGUAUUUCAACUGUAAGUGUUUUCUUCUUUUUUGGGGAAACAGGAUGAUUUUUUAUUUUUUAGGCCGCAUCAAUUCCCGAUUACCGAGGUGUUAAUGGGUUGUACACAAAGGAUAUUGAGUUUGUUGAUAGAAACAUGGAUAUGCGGGCGAUUCCACCUACAAAAUCACAUAUGAUACUCAAAGAAUUCAUUCGACUUGGCUAUGUUAGCCAUUUGAUUUCUCAAAAUUGCGACGGGUUGCAUUUACGAAGUGGUAUUCCACAAAAAUAUCUAUCAGAAGUUCACGGAAACAUGUAUAUUGAGUCUUGCAAAUGGUGUGAUCGGCAAUAUAUUCGACCGUAUGAUGUGUCGUUUGACAGUAAUUAUAAGUUAGUUUUUUAAAUACAAACACACAGACACACUUUAAUUAUAGAUGUGUAUAACCUAAAAUCGUUUUUUUCUAGGCAACAUGAAACCACGCGAAAGUGUCUCGACUGCAGAACAUAUCUUGAUGAUACGAUUGUUCACGCUGGCGAGAAAAGUAGAGCAAUUUGGCCACACAAUUGGCAAAGUGCUGUGGAUUAUGUUAAUGAUUCUGAAAUAGUGCUGAUAAUGGGGACAAGUGGGGUGGUGCUCAAAAGUUAUACAAAUUUAUUGCCUGAACACGUCACAAAAAUACUUAUUAAUACACAAAGCACAAUGAUUGAUGAUAAAGUUUCGUGGAAGAUUGGUGCAAAAUGUGAUGAAGUUUUGAGCGCGAUUUUUGAAAAACUCGAAUUGGAAACAGAUUUGAGCUAUUGCAGGUACCUUGUUAUUUAAAAAACACUUGGAAAGUGAAUUUUCUUUCAGCAACUGCGAUCUUGUGUUAAAUCAACCUGGUCGAACCCAAAUGAAAAAGAUGAUGCAUGAGUUCACCAUUUGCCAAUGCCACGAGCAACGUCCUACAGAAAACUUUGUACUGGAUCCAAAAACUGCCACAAUCGGGUAUCCUGGAUGGUUGAAGAAUGGGUUGAAGCGAAUGAGGAAGAUGUAUAUUUAUCCAGAAGAGAAAGAUGAGGAGGAACUAACUGAUAAUGAUGAUAGUUAUAGUCCGGGAAAAAUGAAAAGAUCUACUCGACAGCCACCACCCACAGUGAAGAAGGCGGCACCAAAAGCAAAAAAGAGUGUCUUGUCGAAGAAGAACAAAAAAUCAACGGAGCCAAAAACAAAACAAAAGCCAGAACCUGAAGCAAAACCUGCACCAAAGAAGCGAGGACGGAAGAGAAAGGUUGAAGUUGUUGAUUCAGACACCGAUGAUGAUUCUGAUUCUAACUCCGAUUCUGAUGAUGAAGAUCAAGAUCAUCCAUCUCCAUCUUCCAAACCUACAGUGCCUAUGAAACGUGCUAAAUACGUCAGAAGAUCGUGCCGCUCGCGUUCUCGCAGUGUUGAUGUAGAAGUCAGCUCAUUGGCAGAUGAUCAUGAAGAGAUUAUUGGUAUUCAAGAUCAAAUCUGUGAUGAUGAUGAUGAUGAUGAAGAAGAAGAAGAGUUGACAGAUCAAGAAGUACCAACAGGUAAGAUCUCUGAAAAACUAACCCCAACACGACGCACGCUUUCUCCAACAAACUUUUGCUUUGGCUAACACAUUUCAUUUUCCCUAUGUUUUUUUUUUUCAUUUCGUGCUCUUUUAUUUUUGAAAAGGCGCCAAUUGUCUUCAAAUCGAUGAAGUUUUUCCUACUUUUCCGUUGUUAUUGUUGUUUCUCGCUUCUCCUUUCCUAUGUUGUUGUGAAGAGUGCACAAGCCUAUAUAUGAAUGAAUGAAUAAAUGUGAGUGAACAAGGCGAGCACACGAGCGCUCAUUUGAGCUCAGUUCACUGACGAACGGCGGCAGAGCGCGCGCCUGGCAGCCAACUGAAAUCACUCUUUUUUUUUUCUUGCUCACCCCUUUUGAAAUUAAAUGAAAAAUUUCUCACUCACUCUCGCUUCUUUCUUCCCUUCUUUGGUUUGAAUUUUUUUUUGCACACAAAAUUCCAGUAUGUGAGGUAAACAUGAAUAUUGAAUGUGGCACGGAAAGAGAACAUAUAAUUUUUGGUUACUAUGGAGUUUCCAGCUGCCUAGUUUCCGUGCGGCUCGUUUACUCGAUUAGUAUGUAUGUAUGUAUGUAUACAUCUGUGUGGAAAAGGGGAUCUUAUUAAUCUUGAAGAGUGAAUGAACUUUUAAUAUAUUCCACUUUCUUGCUGAAAAAAGAAAAAAAAACUUCAUUUGUACAUAUAAGGAUUAUACAUUUUGCCCUUUUCUUAUUUGUGCUUCUUUAAAGGCAACUGGCAGAUGGUCAAAAUCAAUAAAGUGUAUAUAAAUAACAUAUAUAUUACUCGUUAUAUUUCUCUUUUCCUUUUUUCACUCCUUUAUGCAUGCAAGCUACUAAUUAGUUGUGAAAAAAUUGAAGAGCAUUUUUUAGGUUCAUCAAUAUCGCAAGUGGUUGAGUCUCCUCGGCCGACUCAACAGCCAGUAGAUUUCGGGCGUGUUCUUGCAAAACGCGACGGUCGACGUGAACGUACACCUCCUCCACCGUAUUACGGACCAGAGGAGAAUAAUCCGGCGCAAGGGGAAAAUAAUCAAACAUUGCGAAAUUUGCUGCUAGCAGUUAAUGAUUUAGAAGGUUGGUGUCGUCCCAAAUUUGGUCAUUACUUUUAAAGUAGUUUUAUCCAUUAGCUGGGGUCAUUCAUCCCCUUUUAUUAUACAAAGCUCAUCUGCCCCCGCAAAACAUCAUUUUAUAGAAGCCGGCCUCCUUCCUACAAAUGUUCAAGAUUUAUUGAAUCCAUCAGCUGAAGUGCCAGAACAUAUGAAUUUGAGUAUCAAUUCUUUGCGGCGUCGGAUCGCUGAAGAUCAUGAAAACGGGACUGAUAACAACAACAUUUAUUAUGAGCAAAAUCUGGAAGAAAAUCGUAUUGCAGCAAUGCGAAGAAUUGAUGAGGAACAAGCUAGACAACUUCAAUUGAGCGAAUAUCUUCAGGAAAAUGAUCCAAGACAUCAGCAACCAAACAGAGAGAGUGAGUUCAUUAAUUUUAAUUGAAAAUUGUUUUCUCAAUUAUUAAUCCUUCAGAUUUCCUGUUGCGUAUAGAUGCGCCUACUAGAGAAGUUGCAGUUCCCCAGCAAAAUCGACAAGAACCUCAUCAAACUCUUGAUCCUCAACUUGUCCAAAAUCAACCAGACGUUGUUAGUCAUCAACCGCACGAUCAAGACAGCCCUACAUCACGAUUUAUUGAAGAAGAGCCAAAUGCUAAUGUUACUACUCCACCGGGGUUUCUAAAUGAGCUUGAUGAGCCAGAAGAUCCAACUCCCAUUGAAGCUCCACCUCCAAUGCCUGAGCCAGCUCCUCAACCACAACAGGGUGAGCAAUCUGAAGUUGUUACUGAAACAAUGACUUCCGAGGCAAUUCCAAUAACAGUAUCUGUUGUGAAGAGCCCUUCACAUGAAGCUAUCGUGGAAAACCCACAAAAAAUAGUUGUGCAGAACCCACUUCAAGAUCAGGUCAUAGAACAAUCUCAGAUCUCAGUUGUGCAAAGUUCUCUUCAACGUGGAAUCGUUGAAACCUUUCCAAUAUCAGUUGUGCAGAAUCCGCUUCAUGAUCAGAUCAUAGAACAAUCACAGAUCUCAACUGUACAAGUUCCUACACGUGAUGAAAAUGUUGGAAACCCUCAACAAGUUCCUGAACAAACAAAAGAAACAGAUGAAAAUAAAGAAAGGAAGCGAAACCCGCCAGGAUGGGAGCCAAUUGAAACUCCAAGAAUGGAAUACGAUCCAGAACCAGUUUACCAAGAACAUCAACUCGCUCCCCAGCCACAAUCAAAUUACUCAUAUCAAGUCGAUACCUCGGGCACUUAUCGUGAAUUGCAAAAUGUGAGAAACUAUGGUGUGAUGGAACAAGAGUUUGAUGAAAAUUUUCUUGAAAUGGAUCCGGAAGACGAGGUGGAGCAAGAGCAGGCGCCCGGUCUAGCACCAACACCAGCACCUGUUCAAAUAGUUGAUCCAAGAUAUGUCGACUUGAACCCGAUGCCUGAUGAUAUUUUAGAGCCUGAUUAUUAUGACGAAAUAAAUCAACCCAGCACUUCAAAUGCUUCAAUAGAUCAAUUUAAUCAACCGAGCACUUCAUAUGCUUCAAAUGACAAUUCAAAUCAACCAAGCUCAUCAUACACUCCACUGGAUCAUUCGGAUACCCCAAGCUCUUCAAAUUCUCCAAUGGAUCAAUCCAACCAACCAGGUUCAUCAUAUGUUCCAAAUGUGCCAACUAACUCGCCAAACUACUAUAAUCAACCUCCAUUGUAUAACAAUAUGAGUGCAGGCCCAAGCAUGUCAUGUCACCAAGCAGCUCAAAUUGAAUCUAGAUACUUGCGAGUUGAAUAUCAACAGCAAGUUUUCCAAGAAGGCCCAGUACAACAACAAGAGAUGCCAGUCUUCCAACUGCCACCAAACCCUUCACCUCCACCGCCACCAGAGCAACAAUUUUAUGUGCCAAGAGUUGCGCAAAAAAAACGUGUAAGACCUUCGAGAGGCAAAAAAUCAUCUUGUGAGUUUUAUUGAAAUUUAAAAAAAAACUGUUGAACAAUAAAAAUAUUUUCAGCUGUCUUGCGCCUCGAAAAUUUUCCAAUUAUCCCCGUCGAAGAGCGCGAAUCCAGAUAUCAAUGGAAUUUCGACACCAUAAUGGGAAUAGUUGCCAAUUCAAUUGCAGCAGUUUUAAAUAUCACUCCCGACGAAUAUGCCCUAUUCCAAGCUAUGUUUAUUGAAAGAUUUGGAAGAAGUACUGGAAGACUUCAAGUUGAUGAAAUUCGCAGAAUGCUUCUCUCCUUCAAAGCGUAAGUUGUACUGUGAAAUUUGUAUGACAAUAAAACAAUCUGAUUUUUUAAAGAGAUCACUGCGGCAAAUAA